AUGGCCUCGACACAGCAGCAGCACGUCGCGCCCACCUACCAUGCCGGCGACGCGCCGUCCGAGGAGAAGACGAGCGGCGACCACUCGCACCACGGCUUCCAGCGGCAGCACCGUGCGCCGGGCCAGCUCGAGCUCGGCAUCACCGAGGUGCUCGAGGGCCGCAACGAGGUGCGCGAGGUCGUGCCCGUCGCCGGCCUGGAGCGCAGCAUGCUGCGCAUCAAGGUCGACGCCGCGCGCCCGUCGUGGGUCGGCGCGGCCGUGGGCGAGUUCUUCGGCGUCUGGCUCUACACCUUCGCCGGCCAGAUCGCCACUGCCACCCUCGUGCUCACCACGGUGGCCGGCGAGCCGCAGGGCAACCUGCUCACCAUUGGCCUGGCCUACUCGUUUGGCAUUGCCUUUGCCCUCAUCGUCUGCGCCACGGCCUCCGGCGGCAUCUUCCACCCGGGCGUGCUCAUCGCCCAGGUCAUCUUCAAGGGCUUCCCGCUGAAGCGUGUGCCGCUCUACCUCUUCUUCCAGCUGCUCGGCGGCUUCGUCUCCUCGCUCAUGGUGUACGCCAUGUUCCAGAGCGAGAUGGACGCCUACCACGCCGGCCUGCUGCGGCUCGGCGCCGCCGCCAACAGCCGCAUCUUCUCGCCGCAGGGGCCGGCGGGCAUCAUUGCGCUCUUCCCGCCCGCCGGCGUGCCCAUGCGCCAGUCGUUUGCCGUCGAGGUGUUCGGCGAUCUCUUCGUCGGCCUCGUCAUUGCCGCGUGCGUCGACGGCAGCAAUCCGUUCGUCUCGCCCGCGCAGGCGCCUUUCGCAGUGGGCCUAUCCUUCGGCGUCGCAGUGUGGGGCCUCGGCUCCUUUGGCGUCUCGCUCAACACGGCGCGCGACCUGGGCGCGCGCUUCGCAUGCGGCGCCCUCUACGGGCGCCAGUGCUUCCAGCCGGCCGGCUACGUGGCCAGUGCGGCGCUGACGAACCUGCUCUUCACGAGCGUCGCGUUUGCCAUCUACAUGUUCUGCCUCUCCGACUCGCGCCGCGCGCCCGCCGGCGUGGCGCUGCAGCAGCAUGCGCAGGCCGAGCACAAGCACUACCUCAACGCCACGCGCACGCACGAGGAGCUGCUGGAGAAGAAG